AUGGAAAGUGAAUUGUGUGAGGACAAUGUGAAAUGUAAAAUGCUGACGGAAAGUCUUGACUUUAUUGAGGAGGUGCCAAAAGAAGAGGAAAAACAUCUCACAACUGUGAUAUCUGUAAAAAUCAUUUGCUCGAAAGAAAGCCUCGCUACUCACAAACGAAAGAGACCAUAUCUAUGCGUUACCUGUGGCCAGUCGUACUCUACAGCAAGUACCCUGAGUACACACAAACGUAUUCAUACGGAGAGAAACCCUUAUCGGUGUGAUAUCUGUGGUAAAUCAUUCUCUGAAAAUACACAUUUGACUGUACACAAGCGCAUUCAUACUGGGGAGAAACCCUAUCAGUGUGAAAUCUGUGGUCAGUCAUUCGCUGUAGGAGGGACCUUAGCUAAGCAUAAACGUAUUCAUACGGGAGAGGAGCCUUAUCAGUGUGACACCUGUGGUCAGUCAUUCUCUCAAAAUGAUCAAUUAAAUAAGCACAAAUGUACUUCCACAAGAGAGAAGGCAUAUCACCAUGAUAAUUCAUUCUCUGAUAAUGAUGGAUGA